AUGACGGACCCAGACCUCAACAAUAAGCUCGAUAGACUACUCACUCUAUUGGAAGCACAGCUAGAGCUUACCAGACAGGGUCAUCGAGAGGAACGAUUACAACGAGCUCAACUGAGCAGGGAGGAGACAAUGGACCUCUCUCACUCAGAAGACCAAGCAGGAGGAGGAGAUGAGUCUAUGAUAGGAGACCCACAUACUCCUACUCCAGCUCCACGACCAAGACGAUCAGUCUCAUUCAACCUGGAUGAGCAGGAGGACAUCAACUACGAGAAGUAUGCUUCACCUACUGGGCCAAGAUAUGUCAAGACUAAGCUGGACCCCUACAGCAGGACUAGGACGGACCCUUACCCCCUGGACCACGAGGAGGAUACCAGCAUCAUGGCAGAGCUUAACCAGUCAAAGCCCAUCGCCACCCCCUUUCCAAAGUUCAAUCCCCGAGACAUGGAGAUCUUCAUUCUAGAAGCCGAAGCAUGGUUUAAGUUCAACCAGGUGUAUGAGCAGUCUAGGAUGAUCAAUCACAUGGGUGCUCAACUGGAAGGGACAGCAAGAGAGUGGUGGACCUCCAAGCUCCGUAUUGAUAGAGCUAGAGAAGGAAGGUUGUUCAAUGAUUGGCACUACUUCACAGAGCGACUGUCAGAGCAGUUCAACCCACGCAAUGCUAGGAUGGAGGCAUACAACAAGCUGUUGGCUCUCAGACUCACAAGUGAUGCUCCUGGUGCCGCCACAUGUCAUGUAGAGCGGUUCAGAGACUUGGAAGGACAGGUCAACCUAGAUGACAAUGAGCUAGUGAUUGAUCUCUUCAGAGGUAGUCUCACUCGUAGCAUACAGGAGAAGUUCGAGAGGAAUCCACCUGGGAAGAGAUGGGAGUGGUAUCGAGAGGUCGAGGAGAUCGAUCAACAGAGGAUGCUACUACAGCAGGUAAACCCUCUUAGCUCUCGACCCAUGGGACCAAAGGUUAUGGUCACCACAGCAGACCCCUUCGAGGAGGCCACCGACUCAGGAGAUGGCCACACAGGCAGUACUGAGACGGGUGACCCCGAGGCCAUGGACCUCAGCUCAUACCAGCAACCCAUGGACCCCGAUCACGAGGAGGAGCACGAUGAUGAUGACGACGAGGGAAACGUCAGCAAAGCAGUACUGGAGCUCUCUGGAAUGGUUCAAGACCAUCCUGCUCGGAUACUAGCUGAUACCGGUGCUGGUUUGUCCAUAGUCUCAGAUUCUUUCAUUAGUAAGUACCAAAUACCCACAAAACCCAUAAAAACAAGAUCGAUCCAUGGUGUCACCGGGCACCAACUCUCCAUCAAUAGUUCUGCGAGCAUGCAGGUAUAUAUUGGUACACACAAUCUGGGUGUGGUCAAAGCUUCAGUGGCCGACACUGUGGACUAUGACCUCAUCCUGGGGUUCACUGAGCUACGGAGGCUCAAACCCACCAUACAAUGGGAUACGGGCCAGCUGGGGUUCAAGACUCAGGAGCAGGACCGACCCCCUAGGAGACCCCCUGAAGCAGCAAGAGCAGGGGACCUAACCAUGAGGAGACCAACCCUUCAUGGUAACGAGUUUGUCUCAGCAGAGCGCAUACUACGAGCAGCUCUGGAAGAUGGACCCAUAGGGUUCAUGCUGUUAGAGGAGCCACCAUCAUCACUCCCGGCCUUUGGUUUUGUACCUACAGGCGCAGACAAAGGAGUCGAGAUGGAGGUGGAGGUAGAUAAGGUGGUGACGGCUGCAGACAUACCAAAGCCAUACCAACACCUGCGAGAUGUGUUUGAUGAGGUGGAAGCAGACAAGCUGCCCCAUCAUACCGAGCAUGAUCUCCACCUCGAGUUGAUAGAAGGAGGUAAGCCACCUCAAGGGCCCCUAUACCUUAAGGGACCCAAGGAGAUGUCCGAGUUGAGGAGAUACUUGGAUGAGAACCUUGAGAAGGGGUUCAUAAGACCAUCGAAGAGCCCGGCACGAUCACCAGUGCUCUUCGUACCAAAGAAGGAUGGAGGUCUCAGACUCUGUGUGGACUACAGAGGUCUCAACGAGAUCACUGUCAAGAACAGGGCACCAUUGCCCCUCAUCGAGGAGCAGCUGUUCUUACUCAGGAAGGCAAGGAUCUAUACCAAGCUAGACCUUAGAGCAGCAUACAACCUCAUCCGGAUUGCUAAAGGAGAUGAAUGGAAGACAGCUUUUGGCACUCAGUUGGGACUCUAUGAGUACCUAGUGAUGCCCUUUGGCCUAGCCAAUGCUCCGGCUCACUUCCAGUCAUUCAUCAAUGACAUCUUCCGAGACAUCAUCGGAGUAUAUGUAGUGGUAUACUUAGAUGACUUCCUGAUCUUCAGUGACACUGAAGAGGUACAUGUGAAGCAUGUCACCGAGGUCCUCACUCGCUUAAGGAGCAACAGGCUCUUUGCUAAGCUGUCAAAGUGUGAGUUCCACACCAAGACAGUUGAGUUCCUGGGGUACAUCAUCAAGCCAACGGGCAUAGAGAUGGACCCAGAAAAGGUGCGCACUGUCAAGGAGUGGCCAAUGCCGGAGUCAAUCCAUGACAUCCAGAGGUUCCUGGGUUUUGCCAACUUCUAUCGAAGGUUCAUAGCCCACUUUGCUCGCAUAGCCAAGCCCUUGACAGCACUGGUAAAGCCUAUAGAACGGUUCAAGAAGUUCGAGCUACCAGAGGAGGCCCAACAGGCCUUCCACAAGCUCAUCCAGGCCUUCACAUCAGCAGGAGUGCUUCAGCACUUCGACUACCACCUUCCAACAAGGUUGGAGACUGAUGCAAGUGACUUUGCUAUAGCAGGAGUACUCAAGCAGGAGCAUGAAGGACGAUGGCAUCCAGUGGCCUUCUACUCUAGGAAGAUGUCUUCUGCCGAGAAGAACUAUGAGAUCCAUGAUAAGGAGCUCCUAGCUGUGGUCGCCUGCCUCACUCAGUGGCGACACAUGCUAGCUGGACUACCGAACCAACUGGUCAUCCUCACUGACCAUGAAGCCCUCAAGUACUUCAAGUCACAGAGACGCAUCACAGGUCGACAAGCUCGAUGGGCAAUACUACUAGCAGACUUCGACUUCAUAUUGCAGUAUCUACCAGGAGACAAAGGUGGUGAACCCGAUGCUCUCACCAGAAGGACAGACAUGCAACCAGCCGGUGAAGAGCAGGAUCACAAUGUGAGGCAACUACUGCCUCCUCGAGUGUUCAAGGAGACAGCAGACCAUGACUUGCUCCUAGUGGCCCCCAUGAUCUCGAUGGAGUCCAUAGCAUCAAAAGGUCUCAAAGACCUGGUCAAGAUCUUCCAGCCCUUAGACCAAGAGCUACAGGAGAUACAUAGGAAGAAGCCCUUCGAGGUCAGGGAUGACCUAUGGUACAGUGGAGGAAGGUUGGUUAUCCCCAAAGUGAUCAUGCCAGGGAGGACCAACAACUGA